GUUGUGCAUUUGCAUUCGGAUUAUCCGGUAACUUCUGUCCUCAAGUAUUCCGGCGAACUAGCCGCCCAAAGACAAACUAAGACCAUAAUUCGGAAUUUAGCGGAACAUGGAAGCGAAUAAACCAGUUCUGACCUCAGCUGGACAAACCUCUGGACCAGACGAGGUGGCCAGAAAGGCAGGAGCUGAAGCCAAGGAGGCCAACCGCCUGGAUGAAGUUCGUCUGGUGGUGUUGGGAUGGAGGUGGCCGGGGAAGAGCUUGACAGGCAACACCAUCUUGGGCAGAGAGGAGUUUCAUUUAGAGCGAGCUGCUGAGUUCUGUGUUACGAGGCAGACGGAGGUGCAGGGACGACAGGUGACAGUGGUGGACACGCCAGGAUGGUUCUCUUCCCAGGAUACUCCGCCUUCCUAUAAACAGGAGUUAGUCAGGGGAGCCUCUCUUUGCCCUCCAGGUCCACACGCCUUCUUGCUCGUCAUCCCUGUUGGCAUGUUCACCGAGGUGGACCGUGCUCGCCUUGAGGAACACGUGAGCCUCUUUGGGGAGGACGUGUGGAGGCAUACAAUUGUGGUGUUCACCUGGGCAGAUGUGUUGAAGAAAAUCUCCAUCGAGAGGUACAUUCGUAGGGAGGGUAAAGAUCUGCAGUGGGUGCUGGAGAAAUGCAAGCGGAGGUACUUUCUUAUUAACAACUGCAUAUUUGGGGAGAAUCCCCAAGUGGGACACUUAAUAGAGAAGGUGGAGAAGAUGGUGGCAAAAGAGGGUGGGCACUACAAUCCAGAGGAGGCGAAGGAGAAGAAACCUGUAGAUGAGAAUCGGAAUUCGUCCAAGGAGGAAGAGGAGCUGGGAGCCCAGCCCAAGCAAAACUCUAGAGUGGGUUUGUCAAAAGCCAGAGAGGUGGAGGCGCUUUCAAAUUAACGAGACAUUCAUGACUGACGGAGCCUCUAACCCACGACUAACGAAGCCUCUUCCUUACUGAUCUGAUGGAAAAGCUGCUGGUGUGUUGAGAGGAAAAAAUGGCAAAAAAUACCAAAACAACUGAAAUGUUACUGAAUGUAAAAAUCAAUGUGAUAUAUUUAUUUUAUUUUUUUAAUCAGUCGUGGACAUUUUUAAGGAGCUCAGUGUGAUAUAGGAGGCCUUUAAGCCCUUUAGUUCAUGUUGUCCAGAGACUUGCUGUCCCGCUUUUACCCAGAAUUAAUUCUGGUUAAUCUUACUAGGUUUGCAAUACAGUCUUGUGGGGGGUGGUGUGAUGAAAUCUCGAACAGAAACACAAGUUGUUACAUAAAUAUUGCCAAAUGUAGUGUGUACACUCCUUACCGGAUACCAAUGGCAGAACUGCACUACUAAAUUGUCCCUGUAAUAUCCUGUUGAUUACUGGUGAGGGGAAUUGCUUUGCAAAUAAUUCCCAUUUGUUGUGACCAAACUGUAAAUGUGUUUCUAAUGUUGCAUUAUUACACACGUACAUAUUUAAAGCA